GUAAUUAUGUAUCAUUAAAAUUAGUGAGAAAUCUUAAUGACUUCAGCAGUAGCGGACCCAGGGUUGGAAGAUAAUUUUUAAUUUCGAAAUCCAUCACAACAAUGCCAUUAGUUUUAAUUUCCAUUUAUUAGCGAGGUUAGACAAUCGUUAUCUUUGACGAAAAUCGUGCACACGUCGUUUCCCUUAAACCGACACAUUUAUUCUGUUGAAAUUGUGCUUAGUUAAAUAAAUAACGGACAAGUAGUAUGAAAUAUUUAAGAUAAAAAAAUGUAACCCUCAACAACUUCUGUUGAUAACUCAAAUUAUACCACUAAAAUUUAGAAUGUAAUGUAAUAGUCGCUAUGGUGACGGUGUUGAAAGAAGCGUUACAACCGAACAAAAUAAACAAAUCAAAUAUAAAACUUCCCAAGAUCUCUUUUAAAGUGUUUAAAGUUGUUUUAUGACGUCAUCACAUAAAAGCCAUGUACAUGUCACGAAGAUAUAAUCAGUGGUUGCUAACAUGAUAGUCAUAUCUGUUUACUUUACCAUGUGAAGUAUUUGCCAAAAGAUUAAAAAUGUAUAAGUAAUAUUUUCUAUUAACAAGUACAGGAUGUUGUUUAGUUUAGCUUUAAUAUGCCCAGGGAGUCUUCUAAUUAGUAUUAAAAAUUACUCCUCCCACGAUGUUAUAAAUUGCGGAACUUUCAUGCUUUCGCUUUUUCUGUUUUGCUCAACAACGAUAGGCAUUCAAGGGAAAAGGAAGUCUUUGUACUUGCGUAUAUCAUUUUGUAUGAACUUGUUGUAAAGCUUCCUUGAACAAAGGCUGUCAAAUCUUCACGAAAUCAAAAGAUAAAAUGUGGGAAAAUGUUAUCCUGUUGACAUCAACAAAAUAGCAUGGUCUCCGUCGUCUAUAUCCUUACAGGGUCAAUAUUUAUUGUGUUGGCAUUGAUAUUAUUGGCCGUCGGUGUAUAUUUCAUCAGGAAAAAGUAUCUACCACUUCAGUACAGUAAGAUCAACGAAAAAGAAGAUGAAAUUAACGUCUCAACUUACGGUUUUGUCAUUCCUAAUCAUAUACCAAAAACUGUAAAAUUACAUGAAGUAAACGGCGAUAACUAUGACUCAGUCAGUUUGAAUGGAAGAGAAAUAGAAGCGGAUAUGAUCGAUCCACAAAUGUACACUGAAGAGGAAGAGACGGACAAUGAUGAUACGACCCUAGGAAGAAUCUGUUUUAACUUAAGAUACGACAAGAGUGUUGAAAGUUUAAUUGUAAAUUUAGUUCGAGGAGAGGAGAUACAACAGCGAAGGAAAAUUUCAACCGGCUCUCUGGCAUCUCCUUAUAUUAAGGCUUGUUUACUUCCGGACAAGAAGAAAAAACAACAAACAAAAGCUCGUCGUCGUACAUCAUGUCCAUUGUUUAAUCAAGAGUUUAUAUUUCCUUGUCCCAUAUCCGGUCUUCACGAACGGACAUUGCAGCUUACAGUUUGCGAUUUUGAUAGAUUUUCACGCCAAAGUAAAAUUGGAAGAAUCGACUUUCCAUUUAAUAAUGAUAACAUUGGACAAAUUCUCACCGAUGAAGGUCUGGAAGUCUGGCGCGAGAUUAUUGAUUGUGACGGCAAUUGUGAUGCUGAGGUUUCAGACAAAGCCGGUGAACUUAUGAUAUCUUUGCAACAUCUACCUGCCGCAGAAAGGUUGACCAUACGAGUUAUUCAAGGCAAAGGAAUUGAUUGCGCCAACCCUUCAAAAAAAUCGUCAUUUGUUCAUGUUAAAAUGUGUAUGAUCGACAGUGGCAAGACAGUUCAUGUGCGAAAGACUGCUAAAAAGCCUUGUGCUGAUCCUGUGUUUAAUGAAUCAUUUCACUUUGACAUAGUUGAUGGUGCGUUACACCAUACAUGCUUUGAAUUUAUUGUUGCUAAUAACAAAGCCAGUUUAGGAAAAGCGUUCGUUGGUCCAGAAAUGUAUGUCACUGGAACUGGUCUUGAUCAUUGGAAAUCAAUGCUUCAAUCACCAAGAAAUGCAGUGACUAUGUGGCAUUCACUGAAAUGAAUGGACAAAAAUUUUGCUAUUAUAAUUUGUGUCCAUUAUACGGAACAUUCAUUUCUACACGAAUUUUGACUGAGUUUGUUUUAAAGCAUACAGAAACACUUGUUUUCCUUAUAGCUAAAAAUUAACAGAAAUAUCAUAUUUGUAUCUAGACAAGUUUCAUUUUUUUGACAUUCAAAAUAUACAUAUAACUCUCACUAUGUGAAAGUUUAGGAUCCGCCGAAA